AUAAGGCAGCAGGAACAUGGCGGCGGCAGUUAACUAUAAUGCUGUUUCACCAACCCGAAGGUCAGAGCUGGACGUAACGUACAGGAUUUAAUAGGACAGAAAAUACUAUUGAAAGAAGUGAAGAAUGCCCAAAGAUUUCCACUGGUCCCAUUGCUGCAGAAAUGCCCUGAGGUCGAGUCUGGACUGAAGCCAAGGUGAUAUGCAUUGAGGAUGAGUGCUGUCGGGGAAAACUCAUCUGACCCUGCCAGGUCAGAGGCUCAGAAGCGCAAGGAAUGUCCCUCCGACCUCCUAGGCCCAAGUCCCAAACGAAGCACUGAGAAACGUAAUCGGGAGCAUGAAAAUAAAUAUAUAGAGGAGCUAGCCGAGCUCAUCUUCGCAAACAUCAAUGACAUCGACAACUUCAAUGUCAAGCCUGACAAAUGUGCAAUCCUAAAGGAAACCGUCAAACAGAUUCGUCAAAUUAAAGAACAAGAAAAAGCUGCUGCAGCAAAUGAGGAUGAAGUACAGAAGGCUGAUGUGUCAUCGACAGGCCAAAGUGUUAUUGACAAAGAUGCCCUCGGACCAAUGAUGCUGGAGGCCUUAGAUGGGUUCUUCUUUGUGGUGAACAUGGAAGGAAACAUCGUGUUUGUGUCGGAGAACGUGACACAGUAUCUGCGGUAUAAUCAGGAAGAGCUGAUGAACACAAGUGUGUACAGCAUCCUACAUGUGGGAGACCAUAACGAAUUCAUCAAAAACCUCCUUCCCAAGUCACACGUUAACGGAGUGCCAUGGUCCAGUGAGAAUCCUCGGCGGAACAGUCACACCUUCAACUGCCGCAUGCUCGUGAACCCUCACAGCGAGGCCGAAGAGACGCAGGAUCAUGAGGCACAGCAGAAAUAUGAGACUAUGCAGUGUUUUGCUGUGUCUGAACCAAAGUCCAUCAAGGAGGAGGGAGAGGAUUUCCAGUCAUGUCUGAUCUGCGUAGCACGGCGAGUACCAAUGAAAGAGAGACCCAUGCUCCCAACGCACGAGAGCUUCACCACCCGCCAAGACCUCCAAGGUAAGAUCACCUCACUGGACACCAGUCUGUUACGAGCGUCUAUGAAGCCAGGCUGGGAAGAUUUGGUGAGGAGAUGCAUUCAGCGCUUUCACCUGCAGAACGAUGGAGACAUGUCAUUCGCCAAGCGGCAUCAGCAAGAAGUGUUAAGGCACGGACAGGCCUUCAGUCCCAUCUAUCGGUUUUCCUUGUCUGACGGGACCAUCGUCUCUGCUCACACCAAGAGCAAACUGGUUCGCUCACCUGCCACCAAUGAGCCGCAGCUUUACAUGUCCCUGCACAUCUUACAGAGGGAGCAGACUGUCUGUGGCAUGACCCCUGAUCUUGGAGCUGCUCAGGCUAUGGGCAAACCUAUGAACGCCAUGAGCUCCCCCAACACAGCUGGAUCAGCCGUGGGCCCCCAGGGGCAGGACGCCACUGUCAGCAGCAACACAUCCACCUUCCCCUCCCCUGGUGGCCAGAAGGAGCCCGGCGCCAUUGGCCCCAUGCAGGGCCACCGUUUCGGCUGCCCGGGGACUAUAAGCCACUCGGCAACCAUGCAGGCAGCCACCCCUCAGGGCAGUGGCUAUCCACUGAAGCUGAGUAGCCCAUCUCAGGGCAGUCCGGGCAUGCUAUCUCCACGCCACCGUGCCAGUCCUGGAGUGGCGAGCUCGCCCCGCUUGCCUCCGCCCCAAUUCUCCCCAGUAGGCAGCCUGCAUUCACCAGUAAGCAUGUGUUCUAGCAGUACGGGUGGCAACGGUGGGGCAGGUGGUAACCAUGGUUACACAAGCAUUUCCCUUAAUGCCCUACAGGCACUGAGCGAGUGCCAUGGCGUGAGCCUUGGCCAGUCACUUGGCUCACCCGACAGGAAGUUGGGGUCACCAGCUGGAAUGGGUGUCAGUCCUCACCUACUGAACAAAUUGGGAGCCUCUGAAUCGUUCGGAGAGCAGGGCCAAUCAGAGCCAGGUGUUGCAGGGCAGGACGAAGGUAUUAAACAGCCAAGAGAUGAAAAGGGCAACCUCUGCCAGUUUAACAACCUUGACGGGAGUGACCCACAAAACCGUCUACGUGACAACAAAGGCCAUACUAAACUCCUACAGCUCCUCACCACUAAAACUGAGCCAAUCGAGUCCACCUCACCUCCUCCAGGGGCUGGCGGAGAUCCCAGCUGUAAGGACCCCACCGGUGGCCCUGGGAAUGGUGGCAUAGGCCUACAAACUGGAGCAGGAGCCGGGUCACAUGCUACCACCCUUAAGGAGAAGCACAAGAUUCUUCAUAGGCUGCUGCAGAACAGCUCAUCACCCGUCGAUCUGGCCAAAAUCACAGCCGAGGCCACAGGAAAGGAGCUGGGUCAGGAUUCUGUGGGUGGAGGGGCAAAUGUGGCAGAUUUGGUCAUUAAACAGGAGCCCAUCAGCCCUAAGAAGAAGGACAAUGCCCUGCUGCGCUACCUACUGGAUAAAGAUGAUAACGUUCUCAGGGACAAAGUCAUCAAGAUGGAGCCUGGAGAGAUAAAGGUUGAGGGCAGUAAGAUGCCCGGAAUUAAAUCUGAGAAAACCGAUGGCGGGUACGACCGAGUGGAUCCGUCGAGUGAGCUGGACGAUAUCCUAGAUGAUCUACAGAACAGUCAGACGGGUGUGUUCUCCGAGCCUCGGCCCGUUUCACUGCCUGCUGCCGUGGACAAGCAGUCAAUCAUCAAUGACAUCCUGCAGAUGACCGGAGAGGGUGGAGCCACUGGCAUGAGCCUCCAGCAACAGAGAGCACUACAGGCUGUGGGCCAACAGAAUUUUGGUGGUCCGCGGCCAGGUCAGCCAGGCAGAGGUCCUCCGGUGAGAAGUGUGUCUUUGGAUAUGAACAUGCCAGCUAAAGGCGCUCCAGGUCAAUACCCGCUGAUGAGGAACAACAGCCCCUACACACUCAUGCAGCAGCAAGGCAUCAUGGGAAACCACAGCGUCAUGCGUAAUCAGCCCAACAUGGUCAAUGCAGGAGUCAUGGGUAAUAAUGGUCCUCGUGUAGGUAUGCAGCAGGACGGCUGGGGUGCACAGGGUCCUGGUCCCACGAGUGGUGCAGCCUCGCCCGCUGCAGCUGCUCCCCCUGGCCAGCACUCUCUCCAGCAGGGGGUGCUCCAUGCUCGCUUGGUGCCCAACUCUAGCACGGGCAUGCCCAUGAGACCCAACAGCCAGCCUGGACCUAGACAGAUGCUUCAGUCCCAGAUGAUGCCCAAUGCUCAGUCAAACAUGGACAUUGGCAUGGCUGGCCACCAGUUUCCCCAGCAACAGGCACCGCCCAAUCAGACGGCUCCUUGGCCAGACAGUGUGCUGCCGAUAGAGCCGGUGCCAUUUGGGAACCAGAGCAGUUCCAUGUACAGAAGUCCUCAGGAGGACGUUCUGUGUCCUCCAGCCACUGAGGGUCCUGCCGAUGAGGGGGCUCUCCUCAGCCAGCUCUACACUGCCCUUAAAGAUUUUGACGGCCUGGAGGAGAUUGACCGUGCACUGGGCAUCCCUGCUAUGGUUGUACGGGCCCAGCCGGUGGAGCAGGAUCAGUUCCCAGGUCAGGACCCCGGCAUGAUGAUGGAUCAGAAGCCCCCCAUGUAUGGCCAACAGCAGUACGCUGCCUCCCAGGCCCACUUGCAGCAGGGUGGAUAUGCGCCCAUGCAGGACCCCAACUUCCAUAGCAUGACAGGGCAGAUGGGGCAGAGGCUGGGGCAUCCUAUGCUCCGCAUGCAGGCCAGACCAGGUCUCAGGCCCACCGGUGUCGUACCCAACCAACCCAAUACACUCAGACUGCAGCUUCAGCACAGGCUACAAGCACAGCAGAAUCGGCAGCCUAUGAUGAAUCAGAUGACUGGAGUGUCAAACAUGAACCUACCUCUACGACCCAACGUUCCAAAUCAGGGGACAAUCAAUGCACAGAUGCUGGCCCAGCAGCAGAGAGAGAUGCUGAGCAAUCACAUACGCCAACGUCAGCUGACCAGCAUCGAGCAGCAGCAGCAGCAGCAGCAGCAGCAGCAACAGCAGCGCAGCAUGGUCAUGCGAGCCCAGGGCCUCAGCCUGCCGCCCAACAUGGCCGCUGCUGGCAUGAACAACCCACGGAUCCCCCAGGCCAACCCCCAGCAGUUCCCCUAUCCGCCCAACUACGGUAUGAGUCAGCAGUCGGAUGGUGGGUUCGGUGGUGCCGCCACCCCUCAGAGCCCCCUGAUGUCUCCCAGGAUGGGCCACGCCCAGAGUCCCAUGAUGCAACAGGCGCAGGGCAACACCUCUUUCCAGUCCUCCCCUGAUAUGAAUGGCUGGACACAGGGAAACAUGAAUGCCAACAGUAUGUUCACUCAGCAGUCGCCACCUCAGUUUGGCCAGCAGGCCAACAACAACAUGUACAACGGUAAUGGCAUGAACCUCAUGACCCCCAACUCGAGCAACAUGGCCCAAAUGGGCAACCAGAUGAGCAUGAACUCUGGACCUGCGGGGGGGAUGUCCAACAUGGGCUCCGAACAGCAGAAGUAUUGUUGACCCGGGGCAGGUGACGUCCCAGUGCAGUAAACGGAGUGUCUGAUGACUUUUCAUGAGUGAUUUUCAGCUGCAGCGUGAUCAAGUAGAGUUUGUGGAGUGAUGCUGUGCUAUUUAAGCUGCUAUCAGAGGUCGGACGGGUCUUUAGAGGUCCUGUCUCCUGCCCUCUACUGGACAUCUAUAGAGGAUGCAUCAGGGGUUCCGGAGCUCAGAGGGAUGGACUCUCUCUCUCUCUCUCUCUCUCUCUCACACACAAUCACUGACACGGAUCUUCUGGACCUAGAGCUCUCCCCCUCUGUCAAACACACUGCAAGCCCUUACUGUCAGUCUGCUCUGUUGCAUUCACCGUAGUGUGACUUAGGUCUCCCCUGAAAAGACUCAGUGACAGUGGCAACGGAAUCCUUGUCUCCCAUGAAUGUAUUCCUCCCUCUUUUUCUCUCCUUUCUCUCUCGAUUUCUUCUGGACUUUAGGCUGUUCUUAAAAGACAUUCUUUAACCCACCCAUCUUCGGUCUAACUCCUUUCCUGACGUUCCAAAAUAGGCAAGAAGACUGCGUUUAUACGCUCUAAAAUUCAGCCGUUUUGCCUUUUUUUUUUUUUCUUUUUUUUUUUUAUUCUACAAAUAAAGAUUGAAAUGGCUUCUACGUAGAUUAUGAGAGUUCAGAUGACGGUUUGUAAAGUUAGACUUAAUUUAGAGGUUUAUUGUGUAUUAAAUUAAGUUUUAUUCUAAUGUAUAGUUUCUUUUUUAACAGUGUAGAUUUCUUUAUAAAGCAUCAACUCAUGGCAGUGAGAGUGCAUAUUGCCUCUGCAUAAGAAAUUGUUCAUCAUACCUAUGGGUUUUAUUUUACUCGGUCCAGUAGUUUCACAGAAAAUGUGAUUUUAAACUUGUUUCCGUUAGUAAAAUGAAAUGCUGGUAAAUUGUAAAUACCGAUAAUGGGGGGGGUCAUAUAUUUAUUUUUUGAUUUUCAAAUAACUUUUCCCCUCCUCCUCCUCCUCCCCCCAAAGUCCAGUCUUAACUGUUUCAGGGACAAGGGCGCCGUUUCUCAAGCAUGUGCUUUCACUUGAUGGGAAAAUGAGCUAGGCAGGGAGCGUGUGCUGUUUCUUAUGGUACUGAGGAGGGGGAGCUGGGUAGCGGUGGUCCUUCUUUUCCUGGGUGGGUCUUUGGGAGGGUGCUGUGUGUACAGUGUACAGAUACUUGCUUGCUUCUAAGCCUUUAGCCAAGAGCCCCACCGGAGGAACCCAACACAGCCAUAAACUCAACACUGAAUCAUGCUGUCUUUGUUGUGUGGAGUGAUGUGCUUCAUGCAAGAUGCUAGGUACAACCAGAAUUCGGUGUGUGUAAGAAAAGACAACAAGCAAUAAAUAUUACUUGAGAUUUGUUUGUUUUUUUCCUCCUUUGUUUUGUAAUUUUUGUACAGGAUUUUUCAGGAGACAUAUUUUUGCUCCCCGGUUCAAACUCAGUAUUAAAUACAGAUACUUUUUUAAUUGUGGUUCAUAUUUUGAGAAAAACUCAAAUUGAAAGAUGUCCAAAUCUACAUGUUCAUCAGUGACGAGUAGGUUUUAGUUGUGGUGUAGCCAAAAAUAAAGCAGCAUUGAUGUUUAACAUGGCAAUUACAAUCAAACACACUGUACCUCUGGUCCUCAAACGGAUUCGGCAUCCCCGGGAUCAACAGUCAGAUUGUUUGCUUUGACCCUCAAUUCACAUAUUUCCAGAUUUCAUCACUACAUACAUGUGAACAAUACACUCUUAAAACUGUAAUGUACACAAAACAGUCCUUCAUGCUUUCUAUUCGAGGACAAAGCCAAAUUUCCUUGCCUUUUAAUUGAUUGAGACUUACACAUGCCACUUUCAUUUUGUUCUUGUCCCAUGUCUGCACACAGGUUAUAUCGGGGUUAGAUUGUCAGCCUUUGCUUUCGCUGAAAAUAUCGCCAUGUCAUCUUUGUGUUUAAGCUGGUGUUAAAGUACAUGUGUUUUUUUUUUCUCCAGUAUAUAAUGUAUGUACCAGCAGCAAAUUAAUUUUGCAAUGACCCAGCUCUGUCAUUAUACGCUGAAGGUGCCGUGGUUGUGUACGAAUAUACCUGGUGUUUUGGCAUAGCUUACACAUUUCCUUUUGAACACUGUAAAAACCAGUUUGAUUUCACAUCGUUUGGGGUGAAGUUUUCACUCUGCCCACCAUUCUAAAGUUUUUGGAAGUUUUAGAUACACACCUGCCGAUUUAACGGAAGGAUCUGCAUUCUCAUGUGGAGUAAAAAAAGACUUGAUUUAUUGAUCAUCCUCAAUGCAUUUGUCAUCAGUUUGACAUCUGAGAACAAAACAAAUUCUGUUUGGCAUGCAUUCCACAAGCUAUUUUGAGCUGAAUUUUGACGAAUGUUGGAUGCCUUGGACGAGGACUGACAUCCAGAAACCAUAUUGGAGAAUAGCCAGUCGCACACGUACCACUACCCUCUGCAAAGUCCAAAGAUUGUCAAGAUUUUAAACUAAAUAUAAGCCAUGAUGUGAAGGUGAUGCAGAGUUUUUUUUUUAGUGUUUUUAUCUGUACUAGUACAAAAGAGCCAUUUGUCCUCAAAUAAAGAGAUAAAUUGAAUUGUAACAGCUAUGAUUGAAUUUCCUAAAAUGAUUUGUCUUUACCUUACCUUUGAUUUUUGAUUUUUUUUUUUUCUGAGACUUUCAAUGUCUUUUUGUAUAGUCUGCCAAUUUCUUAGAGCUAAAUGCAAGGACCUUGAAAUGCUAAAACUUAGCAUAUUGCCUUAGAUCUGUUUUACUGUCUUGUAUAUUACAAAAGAUGUCUGUAUUAUAUUUGUAUAGUGAAUCAUUGACAGGAUCCACCCAAUUCAUUACUGCUCAUCUAUGCCUCUUGCCGGAUACCUACCAUAUACCUGUCUUUCUCCUCAUCUCUUCAAUAUUGCUCAUUUUCCAUGUUUUGUCUGUGAUCAGUUGUGGGUUUUAUUAUUUGUACAGUCCUGAUUUUACCCACUCAGUUAUGUGUGAGAAUCAAGAUGAUGCAAUGGGAAAUCGAAGCAAUAUGUAAUUUAUAAGGACUUUUGGAGGAAGCUUACAGUGUUGCGUGCUCCUGAGAUGUAUUUUUUCCAGUUGUGGUUACAUGAAACAGCCCUGUUCAUCCGCAUCGAUGUGUGUAAUCUUAGUGUGAGCCUUUUAUGCAAAGUUAGAUAUACCCAGAAAAAUUUAAAUACAGUUAUGCAAGUUGUCAACUAUUAUGGCUUUGCUGAUGCUAUUUGAUGUUGAAUCAAAUUGAAUUGUAAAUAAAGAAUUCUGUUAU